AGACCAAAAAUAUGUGGUAGAGAAAAUGACUUAAUUGGUCACUUUUUAAAGGAGGGAAAGCUGAAAAGCUUAAAUACAGGCCGCUGCUCUUCUUAGGGCCGCGCGAACGAAGGCAAGGGAAGAGGCCAAUUGUGAAAGACUGAAAGAUUUCUGUUUCAGAGAGAGAGAGGCCAAGAAAGUGGAAGGUAGAUUCUCUAUCUCCAUUGCAAGGGGCAAGUCUAUGCUGACAACUCUGCUAUACCCUUAGGGUGUGGAACAAUGGGUGCAGGUGGCAGAAUGUCCGUCCUCCCAAGUCCAAGGAAGUCAGAAUUUGAUUCCUUGAAUAGAGUUCCUUGCUCGAAACCACCAUUCACUCUCAGUCAGAUCAAAAAGGCCAUCCCACCUCACUGUUUCCAGCGCUCUGUUCUGCGCUCAUUCUCUUAUCUUGUUUAUGACCUCAUCUUGGCCUCUCUCUUAUACUAUGUGGUUAUCAAUUACAUUCAUCUGCUUCCGCAGCCUUUAUCUUUUGUGGCCUGGACGACUUAUGGGGCCCUCCAAGGCUUUGUCUUAACUGGUGUUUGGGUUAUAGCACAUGAGUGUGGCCACCAUGCCUUCAGUGAUUAUCAAUGGCUUGAUGACACCGUUGGUCUUGUCCUCCACUCCUCCUUGCUUGUCCCAUACUUCUCUUGGAAAUAUAGCCAUCGUCGUCAUCAUUCUAACACUGGCUCCCUGGAACGGGAUGAAGUGUUUGUUCCGAAGCAAAAAGCCGCUUUAAGAUGGUGGGCUAAAUUCUUUAACAAUCCCCCUGGUCGAUUCUUUUCGAUUACAAUUCAGCUCACUCUUGGUUGGCCACUUUAUCUAGCAUUCAACGUUGCAGGCCGGCCUUAUGAUCGAUAUGCUUGCCACUAUAAUCCUUACGGCCCUAUCUAUAAUGAUAGUGAACGACUGCAAAUAUAUAUCUCUGAUGCUGGUGUUCUUGCUGUUGCCUAUGUGCUCUACCGUCUUGCAUUAGCAAAAGGGCUGGCUUGGGUUAUUUGUGUUUAUGGACUACCAUUGUUGGUGGUUAACUCGUUCCUUGUCAUGAUCACAUACUUGCAGCACACUCACCCAUCUUUGCCACAUUAUGAUUCCUUGGAGUGGGACUGGUUAAGGGGAGCUCUAGCGACUGUUGACAGAGAUUACGGAUUUUUGAACAAGGUUUUCCAUAACAUCACUGAUACACAUGUGGCUCAUCAUUUGUUUUCUACCAUGCCUCACUAUCAUGCAAUGGAGGCGACCAUGGCGAUAAAGCCAAUAUUGAAAGAGUACUACCGGUUUGAUGGUACUCCUGUGUACAAGGCGAUAUGGAGGGAGGCAAAGGAGUGUCUUUACGUUGAAAGAGAUGAGGAGCAGGACAAAGGUGUCUAUUGGUUUAGAAAUAAGAUAUAAAUUGCGUGUAGGAAUGUGUUAGUUUAUUAUUAUUAUUGUGAAGGAUUUUGGCCUUGUCAUCACAGUUGGUUGUUUGCUUUGGCUGCUUUGGAAUUGAACUUUUGUAUUUUCCCAUCCCAAUAAUUUUGUUGGUCGCUAAUUAGUGGUGGAAACAUAAUGAAGGCCAUUGAUCUCUUAUAAUA